AGAAAGAGAGAGAAAUCGACAGUGGAUCCGCGUUAGCUACCGAGGGAUGAAAGGCAGCAGCCUUCGCGACUCUUGGCGCACGGGAACAUCUCGCGCUUUCGUUUCUGCCUGACGACGCUGACGACGUCAACGACGGCGGGGAGUGAUGCUGUGCAACGAUCGAUGACGCGUUCGUGACAGUGCGUUCGAACAGAUUCGCGAGUUCAAUAGGUGACGCCGAACCGUGAUAACGCCGGGCUUCGUAAACGCUGAUAACUGUGGGCCCGAUGAACGCUGAUUGAACAGUGGGCCGAUACUCGUGAGAUCGCGAUCCCGCGAUCAAUUUCAAGCUUCGAUGACGGAUCAAAGCACGCGUGAGUGAUGAGUCCCAUUGACGACGUGAUAAUCAAGCAGAUUCUCAUAUCUCCGUUUAAUCGACUAUGAGAUUAUCGCGCGCGUCGUGACUCUUAUCGAAUGCAGCAGACCGGCAACGGCGGCAGUGAGCCGGUUACGGGGAUGCCGAGGGGAUGCGAGGAGAUCGCGAGAUGACGUUCUCCAUCGCGCUCGUCGCAAUUUAAUAACGCAAUCCCGGCCUGAAUAACAAAGACGAUUGGCAGGAUGCUGCCGCGCGGAUUCCCGCUGAUCGCUCUCUUUUUCGUACAGCUACGUCAUCGUGUCAUCUGGGCUACUCUAGAGAGCACCGGGAUGUCCGAUAGACUGGAGAACGUCACGCAGACAAUUUCGAGGAUACUCGACGGUUACGAUAUUCGAUUAAGGCCGAACUUCGGCGGUGAUCCGUUAUUAGUCGGAAUGGAUCUCACCAUCGCCAGUUUUGACGCGAUCUCAGAAGUUAAUAUGGAUUACACAAUAACGAUGUAUCUAAAUCAAUAUUGGAAAGAUGAAAGGCUUGCCUUUUCACACGAAGACGAAACCUUGACGUUAAGUGGCGAUUUUGCGGAAAAGAUCUGGGUUCCGGAUACGUUUUUCGCGAACGACAAAAACAGCUUUUUGCACGAUGUUACUGAGCGCAACAAGCUCGUUAGAUUGUCCGGCGACGGCUCGAUCACAUAUGGUAUGAGAUUCACAACAACCCUGGCUUGCAUGAUGGACCUGCACUAUUAUCCCCUCGAUUCGCAAAAUUGCACCGUCGAAAUCGAAAGCUAUGGAUACACGGUGCUCGAUGUAGUAAUGUACUGGAAGGAAACUCCCGUUCGCGGGGUCGAAGAGGCGGAGUUGCCGCAAUUUACAAUAAUCGGCUACGAAACCAACGAUCGAAAGGAGAAGCUGGCGACGGGCAUUUAUCAAAGGCUCUCACUGAGCUUUAAGCUGCAGAGGAACAUCGGUUAUUUCGUUUUUCAGACAUAUCUGCCGAGUAUACUGAUCGUGAUGCUAAGCUGGGUUAGCUUCUGGAUCAAUCACGAAGCUACGAGCGCAAGAGUAGCUCUUGGUAUCACAACCGUGUUGACAAUGACAACAAUAUCGACAGGUGUUAGAAGUUCACUGCCACGGAUUAGUUACGUGAAAGCCAUCGAUAUUUAUCUGGUAAUGUGUUUUGUUUUUGUAUUCGCGGCUUUGCUGGAAUACGCGGCGGUCAAUUAUACCUAUUGGGGUGCCAGAGCGAAGAAGAAGCCCAAGAAGAAAGAAACCGACGAGAAGAAAGUGCUCUCUUCCAAAACUGGAAGCAAAGCUAGUUCGCCUUUCCCCGGUUCUACAGAUGCGGAUAUUAUAGAGCUUCACGACCUCAGAAUGUCGCCUCUGCCAAGUAUUAGAAAUAGGUCAGGCUUAGUCAGCGUUCCGUCAACGCUAGGAGCCGGAAAGGACCAUGAUCCGGUCAAGUUUCCGCCGAGCUUUCGCAUUUCCAGAGGAGCUACUUACAAUACGUACACUCGAAAUAGCGGUCUCAGAUACAGAGGACCGAGAUACAAGCCGAAGGUAUUACAUGCUAUACGUAGAGGAGCUUCUGUGUUACGUGUGUCAAUGCCGAAGAUCAAGGAUGUGAACGUGAUAGACAAAUAUUCGCGAAUCAUCUUUCCGGUCAGUUUCAUGCUGUUCAAUGCCGUGUACUGGAUCUUCUAUUUCCUCUAAGUGGUGAACGGAUGUUAAAUCGAAUUCAAUUCGGCCUCAUUUGCGCCUAAAAAGGACCAAUCGAUUCGGGAGGAUCCUUUCACAUCUUCGAGUACGAUCGUCGAACACGAUAUGUCAUACUUUUCACGGGGAUGGAAGUCCACCGAAUACUAACAGAUGAUGAAAGUACUGAAUCGAAAGUACUGCCACGAAACACUUAUGCAUAGAAGUAAAACAAACUCGCGGGGGACUCGCGACAUCGACAGCAUCUAUAAAAUUUUCGUUAAUUCACGAUUUCUUGUUAUUAGAAAGUAUAUAAAUACAGCGACAUGCACAAACAACAAUAUGUUCCUAAUGAAGCAUAAGAGCUUUGUCGUAUGUGCUAUAUGAAAACAAGACGCGUAAAUUUGACAAAGUUUGUGAAAUCGAGAAGCGAAAUGUAUCGGAACAAAAUACUUGCACUCGCCAUGAUAAAAGUGAUCUACAUCUUAGGAAUAAAUAGACUUCUCCGGUGUAUUACAUCAUAUUUUUUUCUCGUAUAUCAAAAAAUAAUAUUUAA